AUGGCGCACCCGGAUGAGCUCGACGAGCGCAAACUCCCCGAUGAAGUUCAAGAUAGUCAGCCCGCCGUUGGUGUGGGCGAAUUGAACUUUGAUGAAUACACGCGGGGAGGCCUCGGUCGGCAUAUGGGAGUCUUUUCGACUAUUUUUCUCAUUGUCGGUCGCAUGGUGGGAACCGGUAUCUUCUCUACGCCAUCGUCAGUCACAAACAGCGUCGGAAGCGUUGGCGCAGCAUUGCUUCUGUGGGUAUUAGGCCUCGCCCUUGCUGGCGCUGGGCUGUGCGUAUGGCUGGAAUUUGGGUGCAUGAUGCCACGCAGUGGAGGAGAAAAAGUGUACCUGGAGGCCGCCUGGGGUCGACCAAAGCUAUUAAUUACGGUGGUAUUUGCCGUCCAGGCCGUUGCGCUCGGCUUCACAGGUAUGGGCCUUGCCCAGGGAUGCAUCGUCUUUGCCUCGAAUAUUUGGGUGGCAGCAGGAAAAGAAGCCUCCGAGUGGGACCAGCGAGGUGUCGCUAUUGCAGUGAUCGUAGUCAUCACCUUGCUCCAUACGCUCGUUCCCAAAUGGGGCGUUCGGGGCAUGAACGUUAUCGGUGUUUACAAAAUCAUUCUCCUGCUGUUUAUUGUGAUCACCGGCUGGGUGGUUCUCAGUGGACGCGCCUCGAGAAUUCCCGACCCGCACGCCAGUUUCCAUAAUGCCUUUGCCGGGUCAGCCACCUCGAGUAAUCUUUAUGCGACCGCUUUGUUCAAGGUGUUGAAUUCCUUCUCAGGAUGGUCUAAUGCGGCGUAUGUGCUCAAUGAGAUCAAAAACCCGGUCCGUACUUUGAAAAUCGCGGCACCCAUUGGGUUAUUGCUUAUCGGCACGCUGUAUCUGCUGGCCAACGUGGCAUACUAUGCCGCAGCCACCCCGGAAGAGGUUGCACAAAGUGGUGUGACCGUGGCUUCAUACUUUAUGGGCAAGGUGUUUGGGGAAUCCGCUAAGCGUGCCCUCAGUGUCCUGAUUGCCAUCUCUGCAUUUGGCAAUGUGAUGACCGUCACCUUCGCCCAAUCUCGAGUCAACCAAGAGCUGGCCAAGGAAGGGGUGAUCCCCUUCCCGGAGUUCUGGGCAUCGAACUGGCCAUUUGGCUCACCGUCGAGCGGUCUGUUGCUGCACUUUAUCCCAUCUUUCAUCAUUAUUGUCGCUAUUCCGUUCGGCGAUGCCUACAACUUCAUCCUCGACCUCGAGGGUUACCCGGCCAGUGUGAUCAACUUCUUGGUUGUUGCAGGCCUGUUUUAUCUUCGGUGGACCGCGUCCGAUAUUCCUCGACCAUUCAAAGUUUGGUGGCCUGUUGCUUUUUUCUUCAUGGUUGGCCAGGCGUUCCAGUUGGUCGCACCAUUUAUUCGACCUCCCGGAGGAAAGGGAGACACCUCAUUGCCAUACUGGCUGUCUUCUGUGGUCGGCAUUGUGGUGCUGGUGCUAGGCGUAAUAUACUGGGCAGCAUGGCAGAAGAUUCUGCCAGCUGUGGGCAGGUAUAAGCUGGUUCCAGAGCACAAGGUGCUGUCUGAUGGUACAACGGUGGUGGUCUAUAACAGGGAAAAGCUUGAAUAG